GACUUUUGCAAGCCGUGAGGGAAAGUGCUCAGUUUUCUGCGUGUGAAUCCGCUUUCCACAGAUCCAUCGCAGGGCGAGAGGCUGCUGUGGUGAAAGGACAGGGGUUCACAUCCCUCGUGAUCAGUACCCAAGGAGAAGGACAGGACAUGGGGGAGCAGAGGGUGAGGUGGCCCUCCUGCUUAGGAGUGCUGGGAGCCUGGGUGCAGGCACGCUGGGCAGGGACAACUCCAGAAGGACACUGCAGCAGGGCAGGGGUGUAUCACUCCAGUGGAAGGUUGUGGAGCAGCUUGCAAAGCCAAUGGAGGACGUGACUGCAGCCACGGGUUAAGUGAAUAGAAGAAAAAAAUAAAAGAAAAACGAAGCUACUUUCAAGUAUUGAAGAUACAAGGCCAGGAUGAACACGAAGGACGGAAAAGUGUCUGAAGGAGGUCUCAAUGUCACUCUUACCAUACGCCUUCUCAUGCAUGGCAAGGAGGUUGGAAGCAUUAUCGGAAAGAAAGGUGAGACAGUGAAGAAGAUGAGGGAGGAGAGUGGUGCUCGAAUCAAUAUUUCAGAAGGCACUUGUCCAGAGAGAAUUGUGACAAUAACAGGCCCAACAGAUGCAAUUUUUAAAGCUUUUUCUAUGAUUGCACUAAAAUUUGAAGAGGACAUAAACGCUUCGAUGACAAACAGCUCGGUGACAAGCAAACCGCCCGUAACACUGCGGCUCGUCGUUCCAGCCAGUCAGUGUGGAUCCCUUAUAGGAAAAGGAGGCUCCAAAAUCAAAGAAAUCAGGGAGUCCACAGGAGCCCAGGUGCAGGUGGCAGGGGACAUGCUGCCCAACUCGACGGAGCGCGCAGUGACCAUAUCCGGCACUCCCGACGCCAUCAUCCAGUGUGUGAAGCAGAUCUGCGUGGUGAUGCUGGAGUCCCCACCCAAAGGUGCCACCAUCCCCUACCGUCCCAAACCUGCCUCUGCACCUAUCAUUUUUGCAGGUGGCCAGGUAAGAGCAGACACCAUUUUGGCUUCAGCUGGAAACCACACCGUCCUGGCCCAGCCUCAGCCAGCGCCUGCGUUCACGAUUCAGGGGCAGUAUGCCAUCCCUCAUCCAGACGUGAGUCCAGCACAUUUGACCAAGCUUCACCAGUUGGCUAUGCAGCAUCCCCCCUUUACUCCCCUUGGGCAGACCACCCCUGGUUUCCCUGGACUGGAUGCCACUACUCCAACCAGUUCCCAUGAACUUACUAUUCCCAAUGAUUUAAUAGGCUGCAUUAUUGGCAGACAAGGCAGUAAGAUAAAUGAAAUCAGGCAGAUGUCAGGAGCGCAGAUCAAGAUUGCUAAUGCCACAGAAGGCUCCGCAGAACGACAAGUUACAAUCACAGGAUCCCCUGCAAACAUCAGCUUAGCACAGUACCUCAUUAAUGCAAGCUUAGAGAUGGCUAAAGUCAGCACCCAGACCGCUUCCGUCACGACCCCUGUUGACCUCAACAUGAACCUCUCUCAGUCUGCCACCCCUACCUCCACCCCCACCUCCAUGGCCGUGCUGGCGGCCGCCUCCGCCGCUACCGUCAGUACCCCCCCUCCCCUACCAACUCUGCCAACCACCCACUAUGCCGUUCCUGUCUCCAGUCUGCUUGGCAUGAAAACUGUCCCACUCCUGGCACUAAAUGCCGCGGCCGCCGCGGGGGCCACGGGGAGUUUGUCCGCUUACACUGCCAAAAUUCCUUCGACGAGCGGGGUUAAGAAAUCUGACCGCCAGAAGUUUGCUCCAUAUUGAAGGGAUGAGACACAAUGCAAGCUUUGCCAGCUCUGCCAAGAGUCUGUGGUAGAUCCUAGUUAUCAAGGAAACAAUACGGCAUCUUUUAUUUUCUGUUCAAUUGCUAGUGUUAACUGUUGCCGACUCAAGUCGUCUUCCGCUCUCCAUAACACCUAACACCAGGCACCAACUAGUUCCAACAGCCAGCAGGUGCUGGCCCUGGCUCUUUCUCCCCGGACACCAUCCCUCCGACGGGGCUGUGGCCAGGGCUGGCCCUCGGCAGCCCCACAGCAAGGCAGGGCUGCUCCCAGCCCAGCAAGGGAGAUGCAGCAAAGACAAGGAAAAAGCAUAAAUGAGGCAAAAUGGUGACAGCUGGGUCCUGCUCCAGCAAUGCUGCCCAGCAUUAAAAUACACUUAGAUCCAUUUGCAGGGAUGCUUCCAACUGCAGAGCAAUUCCUUAUGGCAAACUGGCAUCUUUGAUGUAUUUUUUUCUAUUGCUAAAAUGUGAAAAUCUGGCACUUCAGAUGAUCACUAGUGCCCCUGCCAGGCCCUGUGAAGUGCUGCUGGGUCCCUCAGUCAUUCUGCUGGUCCCAAAAGGCCUGGAGACCCCAUCCCCCUGUCCCAAAAUCUGCCUACAGGCAGGAGAUGGGGGUUAGGAGGUACCAACACCAGGUACUUCUGCAUACAACAAAUGAAGCUUUCUGGUUGGAGAAAAACUGCUAAAUUAAAAUGACUGUAAAACAGUAAGGAAAAAAUACCAGGCACCUGUGCCUUUCCACAUGAUUCUUUUAAAGGGUGCAACUGUUUUUCUCUGCUUUGGAAAAACAUAAUUUUAAGAACUCUGCUUUAGGGAGGGGGACAGAGAGAGGGAGAGAGAGUAGGCUCCUCCUUUUGCACUCAGUUGUUUUACGUAUACCUACACAGUACUUAUUUCUGUAAGUACUUCAGAGCAAGUACAAACCAGAUGCCAUCACUAUCUGAUAUUUCGUCUUGUGUACAUUUUGUUCAGCUAAAAUGACCAUUUUUUUGUUAGGCUUCUAUACAAAAUGCAUCCCAGUUUAACUCACCACUAAUCAUGCAGUCAGGUUGUAUGGUAAUCACAAAAAAAACAUAGCAUUUUAGAGGUCAUUCAAAGGCUGCUGGACAGACCCCCUCCCUUUACCAAGCACUUCAGGAUGUUCAGAUUAGCUAAAACGAGACAGGUAAUGUCAGCCAGUGCCAAGAGAGCUGGGGAAUGGAGUGGCUGGUUGCCAGCUGUUGGAACUAGUUCUUAACUGCAUUUUGUGUUUGUCCAUCCACCUUUUUUUUUAAUUUCUGUUGCAUAAUUCAGUAAUGCAAUAUUGUUUUCCUCACCACUUCCAAAUCCAGAGUCCCAUUAGCCCGCCAUGUUCAUCCACUCUGCACUCCUUGGACACAAAGCUUUAACAAUUGAACUGUAUUCAGUGCAUUUUAAUAUAAACUAAAAACACAAUGCAAAUGCAAUACUUUUUAAAACACGGUAUUUCAAAGUGUGUUAUUGUAUAGGGCUAAGUACUAUCUCAGUAUUUUGUGUCAUUUCUGUAUUCUGUGGGCUUUUCUUCACCUUAGCACCUUUGCACUAAGUUUUGUCACUGUAACCAUUUGUAGAACUGCCAUUGUUACAAUUUGCACUUAUCCAAAUGGGGUUUUUGGUUGGUUUUGUUGGGUUUUUUUGGUUUUGUGGUUUUUUUGUUUGUGGCUUCCCUUUUUUUGCUUCCUUUUUUUUUUAUUUUUUUUUUAUUUUUUGUUGUUGCAUAUAAUGAAGGAAAACCUGGGAAUAAUGUCAAGGUACCACAGCUAUUUAAAAGCUCUAGAAAACUGCUGUAAAACUGUUCCAGACUAUUGUAACUGUUUCAAUAACUGACAUUUAAGAAAGAAAAAAUCCACCAACCUCUGUGUGAGAAAUCUUGCCUGCACUGAAAUGCUUUUCUAUGCUGGUUGUACUCAAGUGGUAUUUUUUUAAUAGUGAGAAGAUUUUUUUCUUUUUUUUUUGCCUUUUUUUUUUUUUUUUCUUUUCUUUUCCUCAUUUUUGUUCCUACAUUUUAGGCUGUCUUCAGAAGUUACUGGCCUGGGGGCUCUGUAAUGUAUCUCAUCAUGCCCUAGUGCAUUAGCCACCAGACAGGACUUUUCCAAAGCCCCAUGAGACAAUGCUUUCUAUGGACUAAUCUACAGAGGAGUUUCUGCCAUUUCUAACUUUCUUAUUAUUCUGAGACAUCAAAAGAAAACAUUUCCUUUACUCUUUAAGCAACUGUGCUUCCUAACUCUUGUGUUGCUUUCAUUAUUGUUCCAGUUUUAACACUCUCGUGGCUCAUAACAUAAAGCAAAGCCAAGUUAUUUUCGGGGGUUAAUUUUCAUUGAUGUUCAUGCUUUGGCUAAUCUGUAUAAAAGCAUGGGCUGUUAGUGUUCUAAACCACUGUAUUCAGCUAGAGACUCGACAGUAAGUUAAAUGAGACGUUUUUAUAAAUAAAUUUUUUUCCUGAUUAAAAAAAAAAAACCAAAAAAAAAAACGUGGUAGCUUUGUGCAUACAACUGUUGUGUUGUUUAAACUUUGUUCUUUGUAACCAAGUUGCUAACUUGUCAUUGAAGAAGCACUAUUUUAUGGAUUGUCAAACUAAGAUCACAGACAAAUUGCUUGUUUUCAAUUAAUGAUUAAAGGUUUCAUAUCAUCACGCUUAAGGUCCCAGUGCUCAUUGGGAAACAGUGUAACACAUGUGCAAGACUGGCAGCCUUAGUAAGGAUGUUAGACCAUUGUCAGGGAUGAUGAGUCUCUUCAGGAGUAGAGGGAGCCAGAUUGUGCAAUUAGUAGAGUAAGCAGUAUUUCUACAAAACUUGAUUUGUUUUUUAACAAAGCUGCUCAUUGAGAACUUAUCACACUGCAUAGAAAAGACAAAAUUGGCUUCAUGUUACAAGCAGCCACUGAUUUGUAUCUGUGGUCUUUUCCCAGACUGAUCUCUAUAUCAGAUAGUGGGGAAAGGAAAACAGGAAGAAUGAACUUGGGUGCUGAAUACUGUAUUACGAAGGCCCAUUGUACUUCCCCAUUCCCAGCAGCACUGCCCAGUGGCAAGGCUUCUAGUCAGCACCUUUGGCCCUGCCAGGAGCCAGCCCAGCAGCUGGGAGGAGCACAGCAAUGUGCAAUAGGAGGGGAAUGGAACAGGCCCAGGAGCUCUCUCCUCCUGCCCUGACACUCUGCUCCAGCUCUUCAAGUGCUCCUUUGGAUCUGCUGAAGCACUGCAGUCACAGCCUCCAGAUCUCUCUUCACACACAAGCAAAAGGGGCUGCCCCGAGCUGUUGCUGCAUUACAGCUCCCCUGGCUGUGCUCUGGCCACCUCUCCUCCUCGGGCACGGGCACUACUGUCACAAGUACUGCUCUGGCCUCAUGAGAAAGCAGCUUUUUGGCAGUGCAAGAGUAGCAUCAUUAAUGACACAAGACUGAUUGUACAACCUCCAUCUCCCUACUCACUUAAAGGUCUCUACCUGCCUUCAGGGAUUUAGUUUGGGGUCCUGCUUCCCCUCCCUGCCCCUGCUGAGCUUUUCGGGCGUACCACGAUUAUUCUCUGUGGUCUCCAGGGUACGGAGAGCUCUCAAGUCUGAGCCUGGAACCAGGGCACAACCAGGAUAUGCAGGCAGACUUGGACAC